GAAGGAUCUUUUAUUCCCGCGGUGAAAGCCUGACCACGGCAGGGGGAUGACUGGAAUGGGGGGACUUGGCUUCUUGGCGGGGUGGCACCCACCUGUCCCCCAAAGGCCGGGGAAUGCUGGGGUCUGGAGUCGCGUGCCGUCUCCCUUCUCUAGGAGCCCCGAUCCGGGAUCCCAGGGCGAGGUUGUAGGCCACCGGGCCGGGCUGAGCUGCUGCCAGGCCGGCUCCUCCUCCCCUUCCUCCGCGGAGGCUGACGUGGAGGCAGCGGCGCGGGCGACCGCGGGAGGCGGUGGAGCGGCGGCUGGGAGGCGCGGGGCCCACUCCGGGCUGCGCGGAGCCGGGGUGGCGGCGGUGGCAGGAGCAGCGGGAGGAGGGAGGCGUCCGUGCAGCCGGCCCGCGCUCGCAGGAGGCGGCCAUGGAUGGCGACAGGACCGAGAGCGACUGGCAGGGGCUGGUGAGCGAGUAUCUGGUAUGCAAACGGAAGCUGGAGAGCAAGAAGGAGGCCCUGCUGAUCCUCUCGAAGGAGCUAGACACCUGCCAGCAGGAAAGGGACCAGUACAAACUCAUGGCCAAUCAGCUUCGGGAACGCCACCAGUCCCUGAAGAAGAAAUUCCGAGAGUUGAUUGAUGGAGAUCCGUCACUCCCCCCUGAAAAGAGGAAGCAGGCUAAUCUUGCACAACUCUUGAGAGAGUCUCAGGACCGAAAUAAACAUCUGGGAGAAGAAAUUAAAGAACUUCAGCAGAGGCUUGGCGAAGUCCAGGGUGACAAUAAGCUGUUGAGGAUGACAAUUGCUAAACAAAGGCUCGGAGAUGAAGAAAUUGGUGUACGGCACUUUGCAGCCCAUGAGCGAGAGGACUUAGUUCAGCAGCUGGAACGAGCUAAGGAACAGAUUGAGUCUUUGGAGCAUGACCUGCAGGCCUCGGUGGAUGAGCUCCAGGAUGUUAAGGAGGAGCGGGCUUCCUACCAGAACAAAGUGGACAGGCUGAACCAGGAGCUCAACCACAUCCUCGGUGGGCACGAAAACCGCAUCAUCGAUGUAGAUGCGUUGUGCAUGGAAAACAGAUACCUUCAAGAGAGAUUGAAACAGCUCCUUGAAGAGGUCAGCCUCCUGAAAUCGAACAUUGCCAAGUACAAGAAUGCUCUUGAGAGACGGAAAAACUCCAAGGGCCAGGGCAAAUCCAGCAGCAGUGCUCUGACUGGGGUCCUGUCUGCAAAGCAAGUUCAGGAUCUGCUCUCUGAGGAUCAUGGGUGCAGCCUCCCAGCUACUCCACAGUCCAUCGCAGACCUGAAAUCUCUGGCCACUGCCCUGCUGGAGACAAUCCAUGAGAAAAACAUGGUCAUUCAGCACCAGCGGCAGACCAACAGAAUCCUAGGGAAUCGAGUGGCAGAGCUGGAAAAGAAAUUAAGAACUUUAGAAGUUUCUGGUUUGUGGAGUCUUCCGGGCCUGAGCUACAAUGUUUCGGUUGGAUUUGGGAGGGGCAAGGACACCAUACUGUUCAGUGACCCAGCUCUUCCCACCAUACAGAGGUCAAGGUCCCCACUGUUGAAGUUUGAGGAGCAGCCCACCGAGAACCAGGAGAAUGCCAGGGAUGGGGAGGCUCAGAAGCAGGAGCCAGACGAAAGCUGCGUGGUUCCUGAGGUGUUGACAGUGCCUGAGCAUGCUGGAAGGCCUACUGUCAGCUCAUCAGCACAGCCAAGCCACAGGAGCCAGCGCUCUCAUCAUCAUCCUCUACCCCAGCUACCUUCAGAGGAGGAAGUAAAUGUAGUAAGAAGAGAGAGUCAUCAACUGACAAAGGGACAGGCACCUGUAGACCUGGAGGGGCUCAGAAGGGAGGGUCCCAAGGGGGAACAGAGGUGUGAGCCAGGCCUGUCCCAACCUGGUCUGGCCUCCCAGGGGGAAUGCCACACAGCUCUCCUAGACCACUUACCAUCCACACAUUCUGAAGCUGAACUUCCCCGAGUGGAAGAUGACAGCGGGAUCUCCAAGGGUGGAGACGAGCGGAGUACCGUGCAAACAUGAGGGAAACAGGGACCGACAUGGUGACAUGUUGAAGGCAUCGGGGACAGCAAGGAAAGGCUGAAGCCUCAGAACAUGCAUCCAAGUCACUUUCUGCUAAAACACCUUCAUGUGUGCAAAUGAGAAAAUGCUCUGAUCCUGACACAAGCUGGGAGCGCCCAAUGGUACCAGCUUGGUUUGAUUUAUUAAACACAGGUCUGCGAGAAUCUCCGUGUCACCUCUGUCUGCUGAGGACGUGCCGCUGUGAACAUGGCUGGGCGUGGGACUUGUGGCUGCCAUAUGGCUGCCUUCCCAUAUCCCUCUUUCUGUCGGCACUUGUUUUAUUAGAGAGAAGAUGUUUUUCUAUUAGCAUUUAAUAUUGUCCAUCAAAAUGAUAGGAUGAGCUGGGAAAGGAAGGUUUUCACCAGCUUUCUGUCUUGAGGAUCGCUGGGCUGGAGGGAAAGAUGUAAUAGAGUAUAAUGUGUUCACCGGGCCAUAUGCGUGCUUCAUCAUGCCCCUUGCCCCCAGCAUGGGUGGUCCUGGUAUCCUGCCUCUCACAGUGGCAGGUGAGAGGGACCAGAACAGGCUUGGAAGGUUGGGCUGUAAGUUGGAGAGGCUGUUUACUGACUGACUAUAGGUUUCAGUGUUCCAUUCUGGGUGUGGAAGUUUCACUGGCCUGGAGGGAUAGGAAGCAAGGGGUUGCCAGGAGAAGGGGACUUUCCAGUGGUGGUCUGAUUUUUCAGUUUCUGAGAUGUCAUUAGAAAUACUGCCUGUUUUUCUCCAGUCAAGGCUGAAUAUAGGAUGUUGUGGCUAUUUGAGGGGUUGGCAAAGCUCACUGCUGAGACUCAGGCCAGUUUCCUGUACCUCUUCAGGCCUUGAACCAUUCCCUCCAUCAAAAGAAUGCUGCCUCCGUGCCACCAGGUACUGGAGCUUUAAAGACGGGAGAUGGAAUUCAUGAGAAAAGGGGACAAGAUGACUUCAUUAAGCCUUGUCUACAAAGGCAACAGCAGAUGGAGUGUGAUGUUCAAGGGGAGAGGAGGGAGUGGUCAACACUGGCCACGGCUUCCUCUUAGAGUGAAGAUGAGUUUCUCUAGGUAGCACUAGGGCUUCAGAACUUUGCAGGGCCAUUGAACCAAGCCCUUUCUUUGAGCUGUCGCCAGGGGGCAUCUGAGAUUUCCAAGCUCAUGCCACCUCAGAGAGCCAAAAUUGCUUCUGGAGUCACCUGUCUGAAACAGAAGCUCCCUGGUGGCAGGUGUUACCCACUCAUCCUUAAACCUGUCAGUGCCCCGGAACUCCUGGAGACAAGGACUUGCCCUCAGUCUCUGAGGAAGUAGGUGUCCCAGUACUCUGUUUAUCCCUCUGUAUUCCAGUCGCUCCCUUGAAUCCCCCCUCUAAGGCCACCCGUCGGGGAGGGCACUCUUGCGGCUGCUCCGGCAGUCCUGGAGGAACCUCUUCUGCUGGAUAGGGGCCUCAGUUGGCUGCACAUGUUCAGCACUGCUGUAUAGAGCACUAGAGUCACCAAGGGAAACCCAGCCAGAUAUGACUCAGUGAAAAGACAAGGAAUACUCUUACCCCCAAGAAGCCCUUGUUUGGAUACACAACCAGCAGGUGCACUUCACAGUGAAACCUUCUGGAGAGUUUAUAGUAAACUCCAACAUAACCCAACAGGGCAGUUAGCCUCAGGGUCUGUGCUUUGGGGAGGCAGAACCAUAGGAGACAUAGCUUGAACUCAGGGUGUGCAGCCAGCCUGGGAGGAGCCUGUGUUAUGAGCUGAUACUGUCACAUGUGUAACCAUGACAACACCCAUUCCCAUACGUGGCACUGACCCAUCUCUGCUGUGCCUACCCAACAUGGUUCUUCUACUCCAAAAACAUUAAAGAGAGUUCCUGCCCCUGU